AUGAAGGACCAAGAUAUCGUCGGCGAGGCACUGGCCUCUGUCCUCCCCCAGUAUGACCACAGCUGGCUUCGAAUCCCUCAUCUCCUUAAACUGAAUCUGAUUCUCGUGAUCCCUCUCCUGUCCUCCGCCGUAGCAGGCUAUGAUGGAUCGCUUAUGAACGGCCUCCAAUCCAUCUCAGAGUGGAAAGACUACUUCGACAACCCGACUGGACCUGUUCUCGGAGUCGUUAACGCAGCCCAGUCUAUCGGCAGUGUCAUCUCGCUCCCGGUAGUCGGUAUCCUCUCGGAUCGUAUCGGACGACGCUGGACACUCCUCAGCGGAGCCGUUGUGAUUAUCGUGGCAUCGAUUAUCCAAGCGGCAUCGGUUCAAUACGGCAUGUUUGUGUUUAGUCGAGUGCUUGUUGGGAUUGGGUCGAUGCUGGUUGUGCAGCCGUCUCCAAUGCUGAUUACCGAACUGGCGUAUCCGACGCACCGUGGAAAGUAUACCUGUGCAUUCUGGACGAUGUAUUACUUGGGCGCCAUCCUGGCUUCGUGGACAUGCUACGGCACGCAGAAGCAUCUCAACAACGACUGGACGUGGAGAGUGCCAUCGAUUGUCCAGGCCGGAUUCCCAUUGGUCCAGGUUGCUCUUUUUUGGGCGGUACCGGAAUCUCCACGAUGGCUUGUUGCAAAGGGCAGGACGGAGGAAGCACGCGAGCUUCUUGCACAACACCACACAGCAGGAGAAGCGUCACAUCCUCUCAUCGAGUUUGAAAUGGCAGAAAUUGUGCGCACGAUUGAGCUGGAGCAUCAGGCUGCAGAGACAGGCUGGACAGCACUCGUCAAGACCCCAGGAAACCGCAAGCGCACGUUUAUUGCUGUCUGCAUUGGUGCCUUUGCGCAGUGGAACGGAGUUGCGGUCGUAUCGUACUAUCUCACGCUUGUGCUGGACACCGUCGGCGUCACCGACACAGACACGCAAACGCUCAUCAACGGCCUCCUGCAGGUCUUCAACUUCAUUGCUGCAUUGAGCGCCGCCAUGUUCGUCGAUCGUCUGGGCAGACGUACUCUGUUCCUCUGGUCUGCAGCAGGAAUGCUGGUCUCCUUCGUGAUCUGGACGGCAUGCUCUGCAGUCUUCGACAGCACGCAAGUUUCAGCCCUGGGCCGGACGGUGAUUGCCUUUGUCUUUAUCUUCUACUUCCACUACGAUAUAGCCUAUACUCCUCUCCUGAUGGGCUAUCCAACCGAGAUCUUCCCCUACACGACGCGAAGCAAGGGCCUGACGGUGGAGCUGCUCUCCGUCUACAGCUCGCUGAUCGUCCUGGCGUUCGUCAACCCGGUGGCCUUGGAUAAUAUUGGCUGGCGAUACUACAUCUUCUUCUGUGCGUUUGACGUCGUCGUUCUUGCUGUGACGUACUUUGUGUUCCCUGAGACGAAGGGGCACUCGCUGGAGGAGAUUGCAGAGGUGUUUGACGGGCCAGCAGCGGUCACAUCCAGAGAUGUAUUUGGAGUGAAGGGCGAAGGAGUCAAGGAGAGUGCAGAGCAUUCAGAGCAUGCCUAG